GUUUAUUUUUCUCGCCGUUCUGAAAAACACUUUUCCACCGCCAGUUCAGUCGUUAUCAAGUCGUCAUUCGAAAUGGUUCGAUCGCACCCCCAAGACUAAGAGUUACAGAUACUCGAACAUUCAAUCCAUUCCGUCCACUGAGCUGGUCAAGAAUAAAGUAAAAAUAGUUCCACAGAUUCUGUAAAGGCGAUUUCAAAGGAAAUAUUUGCAACUCGAGUUGCAUUAUCAGAGGUGACAGAUAACCUCCACCCUGUUACGUGGACUUGGACUCGAAUCAGAUAAGAUCAGACAUCAUAAGGAAGCGGGAGAAAGCAGAAUCCAGGCAGUCUUCAGUGCAGACCCUUAAUCGUGCAUAGACCCCAAUUCAGUCUACGCUAGCAUGAUAGGAAAGAAUCGCAUUUUGCGGACAAGUGCGUUGGGUUUUCUUUUGGCCACCUGCAGUCUGAUUUCGUUGGUCUAUAUGGAACAAAUCGAGCGGUGGAUGAUCGAGGGGUUUAUGGUUCUCAGGCCGGGAACGAUGAUCAGUAGUCUGUGGGAGUCGCCCUCGAUGGAUAUAACCGUAGAUCUGUAUAUGUUCAAUUGGACGAACUCUGAGAACGCCAGCGAUCCCGGAGUGAAGCCGAGAUUUGAGGAACUCGGACCUUAUCGCUUCACGGAGCGGAUGCAAAAGGUCAAUGUGGAGUGGCACGAUGAGAACUCAACGGUAUCCUAUAUGCGACGCAGUCGGUUCGACUUCGAUCCGAAACACAGUGCCGGACGUCCCUCGGAUCCCAUUGUGGCCCCCAACCUGCUCAUCGUGGGCCUGUACCAGAAGAUGCUCUCCUGGAGUCCCAUGUUGCGAUCCUUCAUCAUGAUGACCCUAAGCAUUUACGGCAAGGAGCGCACAAUGGUUCACCCGGCCAGCGAUUGGAUGUUCGACGGAUUCGACACGCCACUGAUCAAAAUGAGCAAAAUAGUUCCGCCCAAUCUCGUUCCGGAGAUGAACUUCCCCUACGAGAAGAUCGGAUAUGCUUAUCCACGCAAUGGCAGCAUGGAGAUCUAUGGCCACCACAAUGUCUACACGGGACGAGAUGAAUUCAAGAAGCUGGGCCAAAUAGCUCGGUGGCGAUACAAUAACGUGACAGAAGCCAGUCCCAGGUGCAAAUUGAAGGGCAGUACUGGGGAGUUCCAUCCAAUCCCGCUGGUGAAGGGCAGAGCCAUAUCCUAUUUCCUGCCCGAUCUGUGCCGUGAGCUUCAGGUGGACUACUAUGGGACCACCAUAUUCGAGGGAGUGGAGGCAUUCGUGUACAAGGGUAGUGAUCGCAAUGUAGCAAAUGGUACUGACAACCCAGAUAAUAGUUGCUAUUGCCAAGAGAACUGCCAGGAGGUGAGAUCCGGUCUCUUGAAUAUAUCCUCCUGCUGGUAUGGAACACCAGUCUUUGCUUCCUAUCCGCACUUUUAUCAAGCCGAUCCCUACUACGCGGAUCAGGUGGAGGGCAUGAAGCCGGACAAGGAUCGCCACGAGAUGGUCAUCAUGUUGGAGCCCAAGACCGGAAUGGUGUUGGAAAUCAAGGCUCGUCUUAUGGCCACUUUGUUAGUCGAGCCCAGAACCCAAUCGAUCUACCACAAUGCUCAGAAGAGGUUUUUCCCGCUGAUCUGGGCGGAUUAUAACGUGCGGAUCACAGACGAUCUUCUGGGCUACGUAAAGUUAAUACCGAUCAUGGAGUUACUGGGCAAGAUCAGUGGAAUUGCAAGCGUGAUUGUGGGCGUGGUGAUGAUCUUCUGGUAUCCCCACCAGUUGAUAUGGCAGAAGCGCUUCAUGCAGAAGAUUGAGAUCAAUAGCCAGGAGGCGACCAUGAUGACAGAUCCGGUGAAAAACAAUGGGGUGGAGGAGUCCCCUCUACUAAUUGGAUUGCAAUAUACGGUGUCCAAGGGAGGGACGGGAAAUCCCCAUUGAAGGUCCUACAUUUACUAAGCGUAGUAGUAUGGUAGCAUUAAGUUUGCAGGGUUUUUUCUUGCCUAGUCUACAGUCUAAGCCAAUAAAUGGUAAAAGGUGUUCAAAUACUGGACGUUUGAGAAACAUCGAAUUUAUAGAUUAUUUGUUAUUCGUUUUUUUACUGCUGUUGAUUCGGGAUUGUCGGUUGCCGUUUCUUAUCACACUGAAUCAUACAUAAUAUGAAUAUAAAAUAAGUC